AUGAAGGUUCUUGCAUCAAUACGGAUUCAAGAGGGCAUGCUGUAUCAAGGAGAUGUGUCUUUGGUUCAGCGGCACGGAAAUGGCCUAGACUGUCCUUGGUGGGCUUGCGACCUCGGCAUCUACAUCGACCACCAUUCAUUCCCCUCUUCGGCAGCCUUUGAUCAAAUCAACAGCUCCCUCCAAUCCAACCCUUCAGAGCAGAAGGAUGCGGUGAAAAAGGGCAAUGCAGUCUUCUCAUUCAAUUUGAAGAAUGCUGCGGGCGAUACAGAUAGCUGGCAUAUUGAUUUGAAGAAGGAAGGGAAAGUGGGAAAGGGCGAAGCUCCGGAUGGUGAAAAGGCUGAUGUGAUCAUGACACUGUCGGACGAAGACUUUGGGAAACUUGCGACAGGCAAGACGCAGGCUCAAAGACUCUUCAUGUCAGGGAAACUCAAGAUCAAGGGUGAUGUGAUGAAGGUACGGCUCGCUUCUUUUGUCUUCAUCGUGGUUCUAUUGACCGGCAGUGCAGGCUACGAAGAUGGAGCCAGUGCUGAAGAAGGCGCAAACGAAGGCAAGGCUCUAAGAGAUGGAGAGUCAAAGAGAGUGCUACAUCUGACUCGAGCGUUGAACAUGCUGCUUGGGGGUCUUGGGGGAAUAGUUUUGAGUGUGGGUCCCACAGAAGAGUACAUGGCAUAUCAACACUUCCGCUCAAAGUCCUUCGAUUGGGACAACAGACCACGUCUUGCGUAA